AUGAAUUGUAAUAAGGGUGGAAGUCUUUCAUUAAGUGCAAGAAGUGGAAUUAAAAGGAAAAUUCAAAAAAUUAGUACUAUUUCAGCACCACAAAUUAAACGACGGGAAGGAAGUAUUAGUGCAAGGAGUUGGUUAGACAAUCAAAAUGAUUUGGUUAGCCUAUUAUCAACAACAUCAUUAACAAGAAGACCAUCUAUUUCAAUGCCAGCACCUAAACUUACAGUUAAUGGAAACAUCUAUAAAAAACGACAAUCUUCUAGUAUAUCAUUUUCUCAUUUUUCUCAUAGGCACUCUAUUAUGUAA